AUGCAAGCCUUGAUCUUGCUCAUCUUCGCAGUUAGCUGCCGAGCCAACUUACUUGAGGACACCGUAGUAGAAGCGAUCAAGACUGCCCAACAAAAUUUGGAAGAACGUGAUAAAAUUGUUGCUACAUCCGAUGGUGAGUUCCUUCUUGAUAAAGUAUUGAUAAGAAAAAUGGAUCAUGCUAGUAGAACAAUGUCUCAUACCUGA